UAAAAAGUCCCGUGAUUUUCUCUCUUUCGGGUUUCCACGUAAAAACUGAGUUGUUCAUACACAUAUCUACUAUAUCGUGUUGGAUUAAACUCAACACUGGCGCCGUCUGUGGGAAUCUGUCCAAAAAGAUUCGUGUGUUCUACUGUUCUUGAGUUUCUACAAAAAAAAUUCAUGCGAAGUGGACUGAUUCCAGCAAAAAAGAAAGAAAAACUACUGAUUCAACAACAAAAAUUAAGGAAGAAGCUACUGAUUCUAGCAGGAAGAGGAGAGGAGAAGCUAUGGAUUCUGAGAAGUCCAAAUCUGGAUUUUCUCAGAUCUGGGUUGGAGUUACCGGAGCCGCCGUCGUCUUCCGCGCCGCCGUGGGCCCUCCGGUGGGUUCAGCUGCACUAGGAGAAGCUCGCCGUCCUGGGACCCGCCAAUCCGGCUCUAGCAAACACCGCCUACGACAGAGUCGGUCAUGGCUAGCUCGCAGUUGGCCCCACCGGCCACCGCCAGAAUCGCCGGACCACAGCUCGUCAUCAGCGGCCAACCGCUCGUCAGAUCACCACCUGGUCAGUCUCCUUCCGAGCCUCCACCAGUCUUUUGACGCGAGCCAGAAGAUCUGCGGUUGAGAAACCCUUGAUUUCCGCCAUUAAUGGCGGCUUGGAGCUCAGAAUAGACGGGUCUGAAGCCAUGCGGUCCCCUCCAAAGACUAACGUCCGUCGCCGCCGCUGCUCCGCCUGAGCCGCCGCUUGUCCUCAGCGGCAUGCUGUAUACCGCUCCUCCACCCGGUUGAUAUCUGCUCGAGCCAUUACCAGCCACUCUGGCCCGGCUACGGCCACCAUCGCCACCGUCGCUCAGCGGCCGACGUCUGCUGCUUGCUUGGUCUCGAUGGAGACGUUUAUCUGCCACUCCAAAAGAUCCUCCUUAUUUGGAUGAGGGCCGGCCACGUCCGAAGGGCAUGGAUGGGGGUUAACAGUAAAGACG